GUUCUGCAGAAACUCUGUCAAUGACGCACAUCUCGCACACUUGUGACAUUGACGGAUCCGGUAUAAAAGACCGGCCCCGCCCGAUUUUCCCCAAAGUCGGAAAGACAGAACCAACAGACGCCAACACCAGAAACUGCGUUUCUCAGCGCUUCAAGAUGUUCUCGUUGACUGUCGUUUGUCUUCUGGUGGCCGGUGCUUUGGCCGAGCCUGAACCCCGGGCUUCCAGGAGCCGGUCAACUUUCGAGGAAGUCCUGACAUCAAUGAGUACUCGCCUCAAGUCCCAGCUCUCCGCCACUGAACUGGAGGACCUGAAGUCGGCCACUCCGUUCACCUGGUCCGCUGGGUCGCACACUCUUAGCGCCGGAGUCUACAUCCUAAAAUCGCCCAACUUCCCAUUCCUGUAUCCCAACAACUAUGAUCGCACCUGGACGAUUGUUGGAGACGAGGGUCAGGACAUCCGCAUUGACUGCGGCUACAAAAUUCAGUACUCGAGCUCCUGCAGUAACGACUACCUCCAAAUUAACGGCGCCGUCCGCUGCGGCAUCGGGCACUACGGCACCGACAGCGACGAGCUGGAGAUCAGGUUCGUCACCAACCGCUUCUUCCGCUCGCUAGGAUUCGUCUGCGGCAUCGUGGUGCCGUCCGCUGCUACCACUACGGCGGACCCGGCACCGUGAGCUCGGCUCCCGACGAGCGAGGCUGCCGCGAGGCGCUGGGAGAGUGGUAGAGUCUGCACACACCGGAACCUCGGGAUAUUUCAGCAGGGUGAAGUAAACUAUUAGGUGAUGGGAAGAUAAAUACUACGGGGCGGCGCGUGUGUGUCUCUGAUUUCAAGCAUGUAAUACGAUUACCUAUAUUUAGGGCGCAGACUAUUAUUCAUGCGAGUCUUCAAUAAAAGUAUGCAGAUGGGAA